GCCCUCUCUGCUCGAUGACCUCUGCAAUCGACUGGGCAGGUCUGAUUAUUGACGGUUCAUUGUACAGCAAUGGCAGCAGCCGAGGCUACACAACCUGCCCAGAUUAAUAUUUCUGAAGCUAGCAGGGUGCCAGCUGAAGGAUAUGACAAGAAAUGUAUUUUCUGCAAGAUUGUAAACAAUGAAAUGGGCACGGAACUUCUUUACUGUGAUGAGGAGAUCUCAUGUUUCAGAGACAUCAAACCCGGAGCUCCCCACCAUUACCUGGUCGUCCCAAAUAAACAUGUUGGGAAUUGUAAAUCACUGAGUAAAGAACAUGUUCCUUUGGUAGAGCGGAUGGUUAAGACAGGGAAGGAGAUCCUCCAGAAAAACAGCAUAACAGAUCUCAGUGAUGUCAGGUUUGGGUUUCAUUGGCCCCCAUUCUGUUCUGUCACACACCUACACCUUCAUGUCCUGGCCCCUGUUAGUCAAAUGGGCUUCAUGUCCCGGCUCUUCUACAGACUCAACUCCUAUUGGUUUGUUACGGCAGACCAGCUGAUUGAGCUUCUCAACUCUAAAGGGGAGACUCAGUGAUCACUUUGGAUCCAGUUCUUUCUUGACUGUGAUGAAGGGACUGAAUCAUUCACCUUCUUGCAGAUGUCAUGGGCACUCAUAUUAAUUUACUGUCUGUUUUUCCAGCACAAAUGACAGUAUUUUAAACUGGUGCCAUCUGUAACAAGAGACCACUCAGGUUGUGAUUUUAGGUCCCUAUCAAAACUUCAAACCGGAAGUCAAAUGUUUUUUUGUGCUACUUGAAACCCAGCGCACAAAUGUUCUAGGAUCAUAGAUGUUUUAGUGUUUUCCCAGAAGAAGUUAUUUGAAUCUCCAUUAAUUUAAAAAUAGCUCCAUAAUCUGUUAAUAACAUGCAUUUACUCUAUGGACCAAGUAUCAUACAGUGUGAUUCCCAUUUGUUUAUCACCAGAGAAAAUGUUGAAGGCAUUCUUUUUACUGAAACUGUAAAGGUAAGCUGAGUGGAAAGUAGUAACCUGAAAUGCCCAUAUAAUUCACAAACUGGUUGUGUUUGUUUGUUUCUUGACAUAUGCGGCUGCCUUAAUGCUUUGGAUCUGAUAUUUUGCAUGUGUAACUGAAAUGUAUAUACAAGUAAGAAAAAUGAAUUUGUGCAAUUGCCAUAUUGACACAUCAUACUGGACAGCUGUGUAUGUCCUGUGUUCCUCAGCUGUGUUGAGUUCUGUCUCUACCGAUGGGCAUGUUGCUGUCUAUCUGACUCGGUUCAAAACACAGAAUCUUCAUUAACUAUUUACAAGGUUCUCUUACAGUGGAGGCACCUAAGUCAUCCUCUGACACUACAAACUAAACUUCUGUUCUCAGCAAUCACUGAAAUAUAGCGGGGCAUUUGUUAUUGAUGCUCAUUUAUAUUUGAUUGGAUGUAGUGACUCGAUUGUGCUGAAAUAUAUGGUAGGAACUGACUAGUGCAUGAAGUGGAUACUUUUGCUAAAUGAUACUACCGUGUAUUAAAGAAUGUAAAGAAAGCAAAUGUUACUGUGUACUGUACUAAAGCGUAUGCACUUUGUGAAUGAAUUUAAUUUAAAAUAAAUAAAUUGCUGCUCCUCA